CUGUCUCUGUGUCUCUGUGUCUCUGUGUGUCCAGCUCAGACCGGGGGCUAUUGAGGGGGCGCAGCUUCUGAACAGAACCUCUCGUAGGAGCAAGGAGCCGAACUUAUAAGAACUGAACUUUACCGAGCCAGGGCGAACUAAAGACAGGGUCGUGUGCUGCACACUCGCACAUCAAAUCAGAGUGCUGCUUUUGAGUGAGUGAGUUUGGAGAACUUUGAAAGAAAUGACCUCCACUGUAUCAUGGAAACGGGUGAUCCGGCAAGUGAAGAUGGGAAAGAAGGUGGAGAAAGUGCUGAAGGAGAAAGCGGAGAAGGGAGGAGGAGCAGCAGCGAGCAGCGUGGAGGAGGAGACGGUGGCCCGGAGUGCCGCCACCACACAGGAGAAGACAACACCGCAAACUGUGGAGGAGUACGUGUGUACUGGCAGCCUGGAAAUUGAUUUCCCAGAACUCUGCGCUCUCGUGGGAAUGAAGGAGAUCCCAGCGGUGACCUCGCGACCCCACCUGCCGACCACGCCCACUACCGAGAAGAGCAUUCUGGAGGAGCGGCAGUCCCUCUUCACUCUGCCCUCAGGCCCCGCCCCCGCAGGAGAGCGCUUCGUCUACUUCCGCCCGCGGCUGCAGGUGGAGCUGGAGAGCGAGGACCCCCGCAGUGUGCGUGAGGUGCAGGUCAAGGGGUGGAAGGUAGAUGAGAGGAUGGUUCGUGUUUUCAGCAAGUGUCUGCCGAGCCUGUCCAGCCUGCAGAGCUUCCACCUGUGGAACGUGGGUCUGACUGACAGCGUCCUGAACUCCCUGGGGGCCGCCCUGCCUCUCUGCCUGAAGCUCAGGAUGCUGGUUUUGGACGGCACCCCUCUCCCCCAACAGCCUUAUUACAGACUGAUUGCAGAAGACAGCGCCCUGACUCACUUGUCUUUACGGAAUAAUAAAAUCGACGCCGAGGGAGCGAAGCUGAUUGGACAAGCCCUCUCUACCCCCAAAUCCACCAAUAAGAACCUGACUUCCCUGAACCUGGCGUACAACCAUCUCUCAGACCGGGGAGCCGAGCACAUAGCACAGGGCCUGCGUCUGAACCGAACCCUGCUCUGCCUCUCUCUGGCUCACAAUGGGAUCGGGGACGAGGGCGCGCUGAAGCUGGCGGAGGUUCUUGGCCCCUUCGCUCUCACCCAUGAAGAGACCGUUGAGAGGAGGUGGCUGCUGUUAGGAAGAGAUUCGGAGAGACAGAAAUCUCCCACUGCGCUCCGCUCUGACUCGAAGGGGGAGCGGCCCCUCAGCCACCCCAGCAGCACCUCGCUGGAGCGGAGCAAAGACAAGCCCAGUCGAGCCACCUCCAAGAAGAAGGACACCCCCAAAAAGGACGAGAAACCCGGAGCAGCCAAUCAGGGCACAGGGUCAGAGGCAGCUGCAGGAAAGGGCGUAGCCUCAGGAAAGAAGGAGGAAAAUAAACUGGGAAAGAAACCCUCCGAUACAAAGGUGCCCCGCGCCAAGGGGGCUCGAUCGGGGGGCAAAGAGAAGCGCCCCCCAGUGGUAGAGCUGGAGGACAAGGGCAGUGUUGUGCAGCAGAAGCCACUGGAGCAGCUGGAGACAGUGAGCCCCCUGCUGGACAGCGCCGAGCAUCGCGACGGGAAGCUCUUCAUCCCCGGGAACAGCACGCUGGCCAGCCUCAACCUCAUGGGUAACAGCCUCACCGCUCGCUCCCUCCCCAGUCUCCUCUCCUCUCUGCUCAGUCAGGGUGAAGCUCGGCCAGGAAAGGUCGGCACAGGGCUGCUCAGACUGUACCUCGCGAGAAACGGCUUCCCUCCGGACUGCGAUUCCUUCACAAAGAUCCAGGAGACCCUAAGCAGCCGGGACCCCCUGACUAAAAACCCGGCGUCUCGAUCUCCCGAGGGGGAGCAGGUGCAGCUGGCGUGAUGUUCCCGUCCCGAGACGCGGAAGUGACUGCCUCUCGCAAAACAGCGCCACCCAUCUGUCCUGUUGAGAAGUGACAUCGAGUGCACAGCUUGUAGUAAAAAGUGAGGUUGGGUUUGUCAGGCUGCAGAAAAACACACAAGGUUUAUGCCUUCAUUUUGUCAUCAUUUUAACUUUUUCAAUACUGCACGAAGGCGUAAGAGCGCCAUCUGGUGGACCUGCAGUGCGAAGAAAACAAAACCAUUAAACGUUGUUGUUAUAGGCCUUUGUUGUUGUUAUUAAUAU